AUGGCGCAGAUAGGCUACGAGCAAUUGCAAUGCCCAGCUUCAGGCGGCUCGAUGUUGGACGACUGGGAGGACGAGCGGGAGCGGGUCGUAGACGGCGGAAACUACGGCGGGAAUCACGCCGGGGGUUACGGCGGGCAGUAUGGCUACCAAGGAUACGGCGGGGAAGAGGAUGAGUCACGUCAGCAGGAUCCACGUCAGCAGCCUCGUCAGCAGCAGCGGUUCAGUGACUCAAACGAGCCGCUGUUCAGCGUGGAGGUGCUUAAAGCCCACGCGGCGCUGGGCCACGGGCGCAUCACGUGCAGCGCCGCUGGCAACUCCGUGGUGGCUGUGGGGACUUCUGACGGCUGGCUCGUGCGAUACGACUUUCUAAAUGAUGAGCUGGCAGAAAUCAACCUAGCAUCCUACAUUCCCCCAGACACCUCCUCCUCCACCACCACCUCCUCAUACCCAUCUGCACCGCUCGUCAACGGGUCAUACCGCGUACACGUGAAGAGCGUGUUUGUAGAUCCGGGCGGCCGCCACACACUCGCCGUGCUGCAGCACACCCCCCUCGGCGCCCCCUUCCCCUCUCCUGGGGUUCCUGCAACCCCUCCCACUACCAGCAGCAGCAGCAGCAGCAGCAGCGGGCAUGGGAGUGGGACGGGGGGGGCGGUGGCGGGGAUGUAUGCACCAGGGACGUAUUGGGAUGUGGUGUAUGUGCAUGGGGGGUGGCAGCGCGCCCGGCAUGUGGCACGGCAUCGCAUGGCCAUUGGUGCUGUUGCUGCUGUGGCGUGGCAGCCUGCUCCCAUGGCACAUGAUGGCAGCACGCGGGAGAUCAUUCUCGCCACGGAGGGCGGGCGGCUCUACGAGGCGGCGUUCGAGGAAGCAGACAAACGAGACCGCCCAUUGAAGCUGCUGUUUGAGCUGCCUGACGCUGAAAAGUGCCCGUUUCGGGGCAUCCAGAUGGAAGUGCUGGGACUACACGGGGGAGGCUCAUCAGGGGGAAGCUUUUCUGGGGGAGGAGGAGGAGGAGGAGGAGGAGGAGGAGGAGGAACCGGGGGAGGUACAACUGGGUCAGGAGCAUCGUCUCAGCGGUUCUUCGUCCUGGCCGCCACUGCCACUCGCCUCCUUGCCUUUGUUGGCUCCACGUCUCUUGAGGCCACCUUUGUGCCGUUUGCAUCUCAACUGCCCAAGUUCAUCGAGCUCCCAGCCUCCUCCCCACUCAUACCAAGCUCACUGCACUUCUUUGGUCGCCAGCAGCGGUACGCAGAGCGGUUUGCAUGGAUGGCAGGGCCUGGCGUGCUCUUUGGGCACCUCAACCUCAAUGCCACCUCCUCCAGCUCCUCCUCAGAGCCCCCCAUCCAGCGCAAGUCCUUGCUGCCCUUCGCCAAGCUGCUGCCAGCCAACCACAUUAGCAGCGCAGAUGACACUGACGACAGUGCUGCUGCCGCUGCUGCCGGUGCGGCUGCGGUGGUGCAUCCAACAGCAAUGGCAGUGUCGGAGUUCCACCUGCUGCUGCUCUACAGCGACCACAUCAAGGUGAGCAGAAGGACUCUUGGUGCUCGUUCGCCAAGCUGCUCCCUGCCAGCCACCUGUGGUGCGGCGGUGGUGCAUCCAAUGGCAAUGGCAGUGUAUGAGUGCCACCUGCUGCUGCUCUACAGCGAUCAUAUCAAGGUGAGCUCCCUGCCUCUUGCUGCUCCUCUUGUCGAUACAGUACAGCUGCCAUGUAUCCAACGGCAAUGGCAGUGUCGGAGUUCCACCUGCUGCUGCUCUACAGCGAUCACAUCAAGGUGCGCUGGGGCCCCGUGGGGAGUUAACGCAGGCAGAGCAGCCGUUAGUGUGCAUACAAUAGCGAUGGCAGUGUCGGAGUUCCACCUGCUGCUGCUCUACAGCGACCACAUCAAGGUGGGCUGCUGCUGGUGUGGUUGUCAGUACAGCUGCCGUGCAUCCAACGGUGCAUCCAACGGCAAUGGCAGUGUUGGAGUUCCAUCUGCUGCUGCUCCACAGCGACCACAUCAAGGUGGGCUCCAUGCCUUAGUGGCAGGGGUAGGGGCAGGUGGGUUAGUAAUGGCAGUGUCGGAGUUCCAUCUGCUGUUGCUCUACGGCGACCACAUCAAGGUGAUCAGGUGGCAGGGGCGGGUGUGGGGGCGGAGGAAUUGGAGGGAGGGUGGGUGCGUGAGAAGGUACACCUGCCUUCCCCUCCCCCUUUCCUCAUGUUAA